AUGCCAUCAACCCCAUCACCUACAAAGAGAUCUGCUCUCUCCCCAAAGGUCUUCAACGUGAACCCCUUAUCCCCCCAAAGAAAAAGCAUUGCAUCUGUGACCAGAGAGUACAGCAAAUCACCAUUUAGGUCGGUUUCGGAAGUGCGCACCCCAUCGCCAAAGAAGCACAAGGCAGCUGCUGCUCCUGGAUUCACAAUAUGGGAAGACAAGGUGGACAACAGCUCCCACAGUAUUGUAGGGACCCCUAUCUCCAACAAGCUUAACCACAAUGACCAAGAGAAUAUUCUUCAGCCAAAGAUCACCUGCAUUAGAAGUGGCCCUCGUUCACCACUAGGAGAUUUGAGCAUAAAUUCCUUCAAGGGCUUUGUUACGAGCAACGGGGUAACAACACAACUCGACGAGCUUUUUCAACCAGCUACGUUUGAAAAUGAAUUUAGAUCUACUCACAGAUUCAACAAUUUACCAUCAUUUGCAACUCCUGUUAAGAAGGACAAGUAUUUGGCCAAGUCUGGACAAAAACUGGGUUAUGAAAUCGCUGCAAUCAAAAAACACAAGAGGUCAUAUUCGGCAGGCACGAACGUGGCCAAGCGGGACUUGAUACAAAAACCCAAGUUUGCUAUACUGAGUAGCUGA